AUGAUGGACAAUGGCACGGCCGCGUCUCGGGGCGCCAACGGCGGGAGCCCGGCUCGGGGGGCCGGCGUCGGCGGCGGAGAACCCGGUCCGGGGAUCGACACCGAGUUCCUCAUCGUCGGGAGCGGACCGGCCGGGGCCUCGCUCGCCUGCUUCCUCGCUUCCUACGGCUUAAAGGGCAUUGUGAUUGCUUCGACGCCCGGCACGGCAGACACGCCGCGCGCGCACAUUACCAACAUGGCGGCAAUGGAGUGCCUGCGGGACAUCGGCCUCGAGAGAGACAUGGACCAAGUGUCGUCCAAGGCCAGCUGCAUGGUCCACACCCGGUGGUGCUACAGCAUGGCCGGCGAUGAGUUUGCACGUCUGUACUCGUGGGGCAACGACCCGAGGCGCAAGGGUGACUACGAGAUGGCGAGCCCGUGCAAGCCGGCCGACCUGCCGCAGACGCUGCUCGAGCCCAUCCUCAUCCGCCACGCCGUCCACCACGGGUUCCGCGUCCGCUUCGACACGACGCUGCUGUCCUUUGCCGACGACGAGCGCAGCAACGUCAUCACGGCCGUCGUGCGCGACGACCUGACCAAGACGGAGACGACGAUACGCACCACGUACCUCUUUGGCGCCGACGGCGCGCGGAGCCACGUCGUCCAGCGGCUCGGCCUGCCGCUGGAUCGCAAGCCGGGACAGGGCCUCGCCUUCAACGUGCUCGUCAAGGCCGACAUGUCGCACCUCAUUGGCUCGCGCAUGGGUAACCUCCACUGGGUCAUGCAGCCGGACCGCGAGCAUCCGGACUUUGGCUGCAUGGGCGUCGUGCGCAUGAUUAAGCCGUGGGACGAGUGGCUGUUCAUCCUCCUCCCCGGCGCUGAGCACGUCCAUGUCCAGCCCUCGAGGGAGGAGCUUCUGCAGCGGGUGAGGGAGUUCAUCGGAGACGAGACACCUGCCGAGAUUCUAGAUGUGUCCAAGUGGCAGAUCAACGAGGUUGUGGCAGACAGAUACUCGGAGGGCAACGUCUUCUGCCUCGGCGACGCCGUCCACCGGCAUCCGCCCAUGAACGGCCUCGGGAGCAACACGUGUAUCCAGGACGCCUACAACCUGGCGUGGAAGAUUGCCUAUGUCCACCGCGGCCUGGCAGGGCCCUCGCUGCUGUCCACGUACAGCGAGGAGCGACAGCCCGUAGGGAAGACAGUCGUUGAGCGCGCCAACCAGGCCUUCCGGGAUCACUUUGACUUGUGGGAAUCGCUGGGCACGCUGGAACCCGACCUGGAUGAGCGGAGGCGCGUCUACGGGGAGCUGCUCGAGCCCGGAGCCAGGGGGAGCAAGCGCCGCCAAGACUUUCGACGGGGAAUCCAAAAGACGAUCGAGGAGUUUCAUGGCCUCGGGGUCGAGAUGGGCCAGCACUACGGCGGCCGAGCCAUCCACGACGCCGACGAGCCCGCGCCUUUCCAGCCAAGCGGCCGCGCAGCCGAGAACGCGGUGCUAUACCACGAGCCCAACACGUACCCCGGCUCGCGGCUGCCGCACGUCUGGCUCAACAAGGCGAAGCCGACGACGCCGACGUCGACGAUUGACAUUGCCGGCCACGGGCGCUUCGUGCUCCUGACGGGCUGCGGCGGCGAGGCGUGGAAGCGGGCGGCGGGCGGCGUGUCGGCGGCGCUGGGGGUGCCGCUCGAGGCCCACUCCAUCGGGUUCCGCCAGGACUGGGAGGACUUUUACUUUGAGUGGGAGAGGCUGCGGGGCGUGCAGGAGUCGGGCGCGGUGCUCGUGCGGCCGGACCGGUUCGUGGCCUGGAGAGCUGACGACGUGGUUGGGGAUGCGGAUGCUUGCGCGGCCAAGCUCGGGCAAGUCAUGAGGUCGAUUCUCUGCUUGCAGCAGGGGUAG